GCACUGAGCCAGGCCUGAGUCAUGCUGCCCGCUCCCUGCCCCCUCCCUGGCGCUGCCUCACUCACCUCUGCACUGCGGCUGAGGGAGGCCCGCCCUGGAACUGGCUGCUGCUUCUAGCCAUGAGCAAGCGGCCCUGUGACACCACACCCCAGCCAGCCCUGCCCAGGAGACCCAGCAACCAGGUCCAUGUUUCAGCCAUGCUGCCUGCAGAGGGGCCCCUAGCCCACCUGAGCCCCCCAGUGCUGCUCCUGCUGCAGCUGCUGCUGCCCCCAACAUCUGCCUUCUUCCCCAACAUCUGGAGCCUUCUGGCUGCCCCCGGCUCCAUUACCCACCAGGACCUGACUGAGGAGGCGGCGCUCAACGCCACUCUGCAGCUCUUCCUGGAGCAGCCGCCCCCAGGCCGCCCCCCACUUCGGCUUGAGGACUUCCUGGGCCGCACCCUCCUUGCUGAUGACCUCUUUGCUGCCUACUUUGGGCCUGGGUCUCCUUCCCGGCGUUUCCGAGCAGCCCUAGGAGAGGUGUCUCGUGCCAAUGCCGCCCAGGACUUCCUGCCGACAUCCAGGAAUGACCCUGAACUGCACUUUGACGCUGAGCGGCUGGGCCAGGGGCGCCUGCGCGUGGCGGGGGCUCUUCGGGAGACCCUGGUGGCCGCCAGAGCCCUUGACCAUACCCUGGCCCGCCAGCGCCUCGGGGCUGCACUUCAUGCCCUGCAGGAUUUUUACAGCCACAGCAACUGGGUAGAACUGGGGGAGCAGCAGCCACACCCUCAUCUCCUGUGGCCAAGGCAGAAGCUCCAGAGCCUGGCACAAGUGGGCGACCCGACCUGCUCCGAUUGUGAGGAGUUGAGCUGCCCUGGGAAUUUGCUGGGCGUCCCUCUCCUCACUUCUGGCUACUUUGGAACUCAUCCCCCCAAACCUCCAGGGAAAUGUAGCCAUGGGGGCCAUUUUGACCGGAGCAGCUCCCAGCACCCCCGGGGAGGCAUCAACAAGGAUAGCACAUCCCCAGGCUUCUCCCCCCACCACACGUUGCACCUCCAGGCUGCCAGACUGGCCCUUCUAGCCUCUAUCCAGGCCUUCAGCCUCCUGCGAAGCCGCCUGGGAGACAGGGGUUUCUCCAGGCUGCUGGACAUCACCCCAGCCUCUAGCCUGAGCUUCGUCCUGGACACAACAGGCAGUAUGGGAGAGGAGAUCAAUGCUGCCAAAAUCCAGGCUCGCCACAUUGUGGAGCAGCGGCGGGGCGGCCCCAUGGAACCCGUCCACUACAUCCUGGUGCCUUUCCACGACCCAGGGUUUGGCCCUGUCUUUACAACCAGUGACCCUGACAGCUUCUGGAAACAACUCAAUGAACUCCAUGCCUUAGGGGGUGGUGAUGAGCCUGAGAUGUGCCUGUCAGCCGUGGAGCUGGCACUGCUGUACACACCUCCACUCUCGGACAUCUUUGUCUUCACUGAUGCCUCACCCAAGGAUGCCCUUCUCACCAACCGCGUGGAAUCCCUGACUCGGGAGCGGCGCUGCAGAGUGACGUUCCUGGUGACUGAAGACCCAUCAAGGGUUCAGGGUCGAGCCCGGCGUGAGGUUUUGUCCCCUCUGCGUUUUGAGCCAUAUGAGGCGGUGGCUCUGGCCUCAGGAGGAGAGGUGAUCUUCACCAAAGACCAGCACAUUCGGGAUGUGGCAGCCAUUGUGGGGGAGAGCAUGGCUGACCUGGUGACUCUUCCCCUGGAGCCCCCCGUCAUGGUGCCUGGGAGGCUGCUUGUGUUCAGUGUGGAUGGGCUGCUCCAGAGGCUCACAGUCCGGAUCCAUGGGCAGAUCAGCACCUUCUGGAUCAGGAACCCUGCAGGAACCUUCAUGUGGGUCUCCCAGGACCAGGAGGAAGGUGAGGGUCCUCUGGGUCACACUCACCGCUUUGGGCAGUUCUGGCUGGUGACCAUGAAUGACCCCCCACAGACUGGGGCCUGGGAGAUCCAGGUCACGGCUGAGGGCACCCCUCGGGUGAGAGUGCAAGCUCAGACCUCCGUGGACUUCCUCUUCCACUUUGGGAUCCCCAUGGAGGAUGUACCCCAUCCUGGUCUCUACCCCCUGACUCAGCCAGUUGCAGGUCUCCAGACCCAGCUGCUGGUAGAGGUGACGGGGCCGGGCUUCAGAGGCAGCCCCAGGGAACCUCGGCCACAUUUCUCCCACGUUGUCCUUCGAAGGGUCCCGGAGGGCACCGAGCUGGGCCGGGUCCCCCUGGAGUCCAUGGGACCCGCGGAGCGAGGUCUCCUCUCCGCCUCGCUACCACCCACGCUGCUGUCCACCCCGCACCCCUUCUCCCUGGAGCUGGUUGGCCAGGACGGAGGAGGGCAGGGCCUGCACAGGGCAGCUCCCCAGCCCUGCAUGGUGGUCCCUGUUCUGCUGGAGCUCAGUGGCCCUCCAGGUUUCCUGGCCCCGGGCAGCAAGGCCCCACUCAGCCUCCACAUGGCCAGCUUCUCGGGCCCCCAGGAUCUUGACCUUAGGACAUCUGUCAACCCCAGCUUUGCCCUCACCUCUAACCUCUCCAGGGUUCGCCUGGGGCAGAAUGAGUCCGCAUGGGGGCGCCUGUGGUUGGAGGUCCCAGACUCAGCCACCCCGGACUCCGUGGUGACGGUGACAGUGACAGCGACCAGCAGAGAAGCCAGCGCAGUGCCCCCGACCCAUGCCUUCCUCCGGCUCCUGGUGCUGGCCCCAGCCCCGCAGGACCAGCUCACUGUUGUCACCCACUCGUCCGGCCCCAUCCUCACCACGGCCAGCCCUGCCUUUGGUCCCUCCACUUUGGUGACUCGAGACAGGGCUGGGGGAGGGAUGGCGGGCAACUCCUGGUGGGGCACAGUUGGAGGGGUGCUGCUCCUGCUAGGUCUGACCUCCUGUUGACACAACAGCCCCUGAAGGGAGAGGCCUCUAGGGUACUUUACAAUCUUCCCCUAUUUGUGGGAAAGGAAUGUGAGCCUUGGGGCUCCUUCUCUCCCAGCUGGGAUGGAGGAUUCCCUCCUAAUGCACUUUGUCCCUUUUCUUUCUUAAAAACUAUGAAUCUGGGGUAGAGGGCAAUGGAUUUUCCCACAAUGUCCUUUCCCUCCUAACCCUCCUGGGAACCAACCAAGACUUAUUUUUGGAGAGAGUUGCUUUCUAUUUCUCUGUAACAUCUUUAUUCCACUACCUAUUCAGGCUCUCCCAGGCUCAGGUAGAAAGGAAGACAUAUGGGGAGGAGACUAGGGUUGGGAGUGGGGUAGGAGGAUGCCAGGAAAUGUUAUUUAUAGAAUUGUUUUUAUUUAAAACUCUGGAGCAGCCUCCAUUUUAUUUUUAUAUUUAAAGCUGAAGGACCAGUACAAUAAAAGUGUCUUCUCCCCAAAGAGAUUUCAAAGGAAGAUCAUUGUUGCACAUCAUAUAGGGGAGAGAGAGGGCAUGCAACAGCAAAAAGAUGAAAUGGAAGUUGCCAGAAGGAGAAGA